AGGAAAGAGAGGGAGAGGCUGGAGGGAGAGAGGGUCACAGAGUGAAAACCCAAAGACCCAGAGAGGCCCCCGGAGCAAGUUUUGGAGCAGGACAGAGGAGGAGGGCACGUGUCUACAGAUUGCCGCAGACCUUUGACCCCAGCUUCCCCGGCCCUCCGAGCAGGUGGCAGUCCGGAGCCCGAGCUGUGUCUGGCCAGGCGGGCAGCAGGAGCGUCUGACGAAGGACAAUGGUGAUUCUUCAGCAGGGGGACUACGUCUGGAUGGACCUGAGGUCCGGGCAGGAGUUCGAUGUGCCCAUCGGGGCGGUGGUGAAGCUCUGCGACUCCGGGCAGAUCCAGGUGGUGGACGAUGAGGGCAAUGAACACUGGAUCACCCCGCAGAAGGCCCCGCACAUCAAGCCCAUGCACCCCACGUCGGUGCACGGCGUGGAGGACAUGAUCCGCCUGGGGGACCUCAACGAGGCCGGCAUCCUGCGCAACCUGCUCAUCCGCUACCGGGACCACCUCAUCUACACAUACACGGGCUCCAUCCUGGUGGCAGUGAACCCCUACCAGCUGCUCUCCAUCUACUCGCCGGAGCACAUCCGCCAGUACACCAACAAGAAGAUCGGGGAGAUGCCCCCGCACAUCUUCGCCAUUGCCGACAACUGCUACUUCAACAUGAAGCGGAACAGCCGCGACCAGUGCUGCAUCAUCAGUGGGGAGUCCGGGGCAGGGAAGACGGAGAGCACGAAGCUGAUCCUGCAGUUCCUGGCGGCCAUCAGCGGGCAGCACUCGUGGAUCGAGCAGCAGGUGCUGGAGGCCACCCCCAUCCUGGAAGCCUUCGGGAACGCCAAGACCAUCCGCAACGACAACUCCAGCCGCUUCGGGAAGUACAUCGACAUCCACUUCAACAAGCGGGGCGCCAUCGAGGGCGCCAAGAUCGAGCAGUACCUGCUGGAGAAGUCGCGCGUCUGCCGCCAGGCGCCGGACGAGAGGAACUACCACGUGUUCUACUGCAUGCUGGAGGGCAUGAGCGAGGACCAGAAGAGGAAGCUGGGCCUGGGCCAGGCCACCGACUACAACUACUUGGCUAUGGGCAACUGCACAACCUGCGAGGGCCGCGAGGACAGCCAGGAGUAUGCCAACAUCCGCUCGGCCAUGAAGGUGCUCAUGUUCACUGACACGGAGAACUGGGAGAUCUCCAAGCUCCUGGCCUCCAUCCUGCACCUCGGCAACCUGCAGUACGAGGCCAGGACAUUUGAAAACCUGGAUGCGUGCGAGGUGCUCUUCUCCCCGUCCCUGGCCACCGCUGCAUCCCUGCUCGAGGUGAACCCCCCGGACCUGAUGAACUGCCUGACCAGCCGCACCCUCAUCACCCGCGGCGAGACGGUGUCCACCCCGCUCAGCCGGGAGCAGGCGCUGGACGUCCGCGACGCCUUCGUCAAGGGGAUCUACGGGCGGCUCUUCGUGUGGAUCGUGGACAAGAUCAACGCCGCCAUCUACAAGCCCCCCUCCCAGGACGUGCAGAACUCCCGCCGGUCCAUCGGCCUCCUGGACAUCUUCGGGUUCGAGAACUUCGCCGUCAACAGCUUCGAGCAGCUCUGCAUCAACUUCGCCAACGAGCACCUGCAGCAGUUCUUCGUGAGGCACGUGUUCAAGCUGGAGCAGGAGGAGUACGACCUGGAGAGCAUCGACUGGCUGCACAUCGAGUUCACCGACAACCAGGACGCCUUGGACAUGAUCGCCAACAAGCCCAUGAACAUCAUCUCCCUCAUCGACGAGGAGAGCAAGUUCCCCAAGGGCACGGACACCACCAUGCUGCAUAAGUUGAACUCACAGCACAAGCUCAACGCCAACUACAUUCCUCCCAAGAACAACCAUGACACCCAGUUCGGCAUCAACCACUUUGCGGGUGUCGUCUACUAUGAGACUCAAGGCUUCCUGGAGAAGAACCGGGACACCCUGCACGGAGACAUCAUCCAGCUGGUCCACUCCUCCAGGAACAAGUUCAUCAAGCAGAUCUUCCAGGCCGACGUCGCCAUGGGCGCGGAGACCAGGAAGCGCUCGCCCACGCUCAGCAGCCAGUUCAAGCGGUCGCUGGAGCUGCUGAUGCGCACGCUGGGGGCCUGCCAGCCCUUCUUCGUGCGCUGCAUCAAGCCCAACGAGUUCAAGAAGCCCAUGCUGUUCGACCGGCACCUGUGCGUGCGCCAGCUGCGGUACUCGGGGAUGAUGGAGACCAUCCGCAUCCGCCGCGCCGGCUACCCCAUCCGCUACAGCUUCGUGGAGUUCGUGGAGCGCUACCGCGUGCUGCUGCCCGGCGUGAAGCCCGCCUACAAGCAGGACGACCUUCGGGGGACCUGCCAGCGCAUGGCGGAGGCGGUGCUGGGCACGCACGACGACUGGCAGAUUGGCAAAACCAAGAUCUUCCUGAAGGACCACCACGACAUGCAGCUGGAGGUGGAGCGGGACAAGGCCAUUACCGACAGAGUCAUCCUCCUCCAGAAGGUCAUCCGGGGAUUCAAAGACAGGUCCAACUUCCUGAAGCUGAAGAAUGCCGCCACCCUGAUCCAGAGGCACUGGCGCGGCCAUAACUGCAGGAGGAACUACGGGCUGAUGCGGCUGGGCUUCCUGCGGCUGCAGGCGCUGCACCGCUCCCGGAAGCUGCACCAGCAGUACCGCCUGGCCCGCCGGCGCAUCAUCCAGUUCCAGGCGCGCUGCCGGGCCUACCUGGUGCGCAGGGCCUUCCGCCACCGCCUGUGGGCCGUGCUCACCGUGCAGGCCUACGCCCGCGGCAUGAUCGCCCGCCGGCUGCACCGGCGCCUCCGGGCCGAGUACCGGCGGCGUCUGGAGGCGGAGAAGAUGCGGCUGGCGGAGGAGGAGAAGCUGCGGAAGGAGAUGAGCGCCAAGAAGGCCAAGGAGGAGGCCGAGCGCAAGCACCAGGAGCGCCUGGCCCAGCUGGCCCGCGAGGACGCCGAGCGGGAGCUGAAGGAGAAGGAGGCGGCGCGGAGGAAGAAGGAGCUCCUGGAGCAGAUGGAGCGGGCCCGCCACGAGCCCGUCAACCACUCGGACAUGGUGGACAAGAUGUUCGGCUUCCUGGGGACCUUGGGCGGCCUGCCGGGCCAGGAGGGCCAGGCCCCCAGUGGCUUUGAGGACCUGGAGCGCGGGCGGCGGGAGAUGGUGGAGGAGGACCUGGACGCGGCCCUGCCCCUGCCCGACGAGGACGAGGAGGACCUCUCCGAGUACAAGUUCGCCAAGUUCUCCGCCACCUACUUCCAGGGCACCACCACCCACACCUACACCCGGCGGCCGCUCAAGCAGCCCCUGCUGUACCACGAGGAUGAGGGUGACCAGCUGGCGGCCCUGGCCGUGUGGAUCACCAUCCUCCGCUUCAUGGGCGACCUCCCCGAGCCCAAGUACCACACGGCCAUGAGCGACGGCAGCGAGAAGAUCCCCGUGAUGACCAAGAUCUACGAGACCCUCGGCAAGAAGACCUACAAGAGGGAGCUGCAGGCGCUGCAGGGCGAGGGCGAGGCCCAGCUCCCCGAGGGGCAGAAGAAGAGCAGCAUGAGGCACAAGCUGGUGCACUUGACCCUGAAGAAGAAGUCGAAGCUGACCGAGGAGGUGACCAAGAGGCUGCACGACGGGGAGUCCACGGUGCAGGGCAACAGCAUGCUGGAGGACCGGCCCACCUCCAACCUGGAGAAGCUGCACUUCAUCAUCGGCAACGGCAUCCUGCGCCCCGCACUCCGGGAUGAGAUCUACUGCCAGAUCAGCAAGCAGCUCACCCACAACCCCUCCAAGAGCAGCUACGCCCGCGGCUGGAUCCUCAUGUCGCUCUGUGUGGGCUGCUUCGCCCCCUCGGAGAAGUUCGUGAAGUUCCUGCGGAACUUCAUCCACGGGGGGCCGCCCGGCUACGCCCCGUACUGCGAGGAGCGGCUCCGGAGGACCUUCGUCAACGGCACGCGGACACAGCCGCCCAGCUGGCUGGAGCUGCAGGCCACCAAGUCCAAGAAGCCCAUUAUGCUGCCGGUGACAUUCAUGGAUGGGACCACCAAGACCCUGCUGACGGACUCGGCCACCACGGCCAAGGAGCUCUGCAACGCGCUGGCCGACAAGAUCUCCCUCAAGGACCGCUUCGGGUUCUCCCUCUACAUUGCCCUGUUUGACAAGGUGUCCUCCCUGGGCAGCGGCAGCGACCACGUCAUGGACGCCAUCUCCCAGUGCGAGCAGUACGCCAAGGAGCAGGGAGCCCAGGAGCGCAACGCCCCGUGGCGGCUCUUCUUCCGCAAAGAGGUCUUCACGCCCUGGCACAACCCCUCGGAAGACAACGUGGCCACCAACCUCAUCUACCAGCAGGUGGUGCGCGGGGUCAAGUUUGGGGAGUACAGGUGUGAGAAGGAGGACGACCUGGCCGAGCUGGCCUCCCAGCAGUACUUCGUGGACUACGGCUCCGAGAUGAUCCUGGAGCGCCUCCUGAACCUCGUGCCCACCUACAUCCCGGACCGCGAGAUCACGCCCCUCAAGACGCUGGAGAAGUGGGCGCAGCUGGCCAUCGCUGCUCACAAGAAGGGCAUCUAUGCCCAGAGGCGAACGGAUUCCCAGAAGGUCAAGGAGGACGUGGUCAAUUACGCCCGCUUCAAGUGGCCCCUGCUCUUCUCCAGGUUCUACGAAGCCUACAAGUUCUCAGGCCCCAGCCUCCCCAAAAACGACGUCAUUGUGGCCGUCAACUGGACGGGCGUCUACUUCGUGGAUGAGCAGGAGCAGGUGCUGCUGGAGCUGUCCUUCCCCGAGAUCAUGGCCGUGUCCAGCAGCAGGGAGUGCCGCGUCCUGCUCUCGCUGGGCUGCUCUGAGCUGGGCUGCGCUUCGUGUCACCCGGGCUGGGCCGGCCUGACCGCGGCGGGCUCCUGUUCCCCGUGUUGGUCCUGCAGGGGAGCCAAGCUGACAGCCCCCAGCUUCACGCUGGCCACCAUCAAGGGGGACGAGUACACCUUCACCUCCAGCAACGCCGAGGACAUCCGUGACCUGGUGGUCACCUUCCUGGAGGGGCUCCGGAAGAGGUCCAAGUACGUGGUGGCCCUGCAGGACAACCCCAACCCCGCGGGCGAGGAGUCGGGCUUCCUCAGCUUCGCCAAGGGCGACCUCAUCAUCCUGGACCAGGACACGGGGGAGCAGGUCAUGACCUCGGGCUGGGCCAACGGCAUCAACGAGCGGACCAAGCAGCGCGGGGACUUCCCCACGGACUGCGUGUACGUCAUGCCCACGGUCACCAUGCCGCUGCGGGAGAUCGUGGCGCUGGUCACCAUGACCCCCGACCAGAGGCAGGACGUGAUCCGGCUCCUGCAGCUGCGAGCGCCGGAGCCUGAGGUCCGCGCCAAGCCCUACACACUGGAGGAGUUCUCCUACGACUACUUCAGGCCCCCGCCCAAGCACACGCUGAGCCGCGUGAUGGUGUCCAAGGCCCGGGGGAAGGACCGGCUGUGGAGCCACACGCGGGAGCCGCUGAAGCAGGCGCUGCUCAAGAAGAUCCUGGGCAGCGAGGAGCUCUCGCAGGAGGCCUGCAUGGCCUUCAUCGCCAUGCUCAAGUACAUGGGCGACUACCCGUCCAAGAGGAUGCGCUCGGUCAACGAGCUCACCGACCAGAUCUUCGAGGGCGCCCUGAAGGCCGAGCCCCUCAAGGACGAGGUGUACGUGCAGAUCCUGAAGCAGCUGACGGACAACCACAUCAGGUACAGCGAGGAGCGGGGCUGGGAGCUGCUCUGGCUGUGCACCGGCCUCUUCCCCCCCAGCAACAUCCUCCUGCCCCACGUGCAGCGCUUCCUGCAGUCCCGCAAGCACUGCCCGCUCGCCAUCGACUGCCUGCAGCGGCUGCAGAAAGCCCUGAGAAACGGGUCCCGGAAGUACCCCCCACACCUGGUGGAGGUGGAGGCCAUCCAGCACAAAACCACCCAGAUAUUCCACAAGGUCUACUUUCCCGACGACACCGAUGAGGCCUUCGAGGUGGAGUCCAGCACCAAGGCCAAGGACUUCUGCCAGAACAUCGCCGCCCGGCUGCUCCUCAAGUCCUCGGAGGGCUUCAGCCUCUUUGUCAAAAUUGCAGACAAGGUCAUCAGCGUGCCUGAGAAUGACUUCUUCUUUGACUUUGUCCGACACCUGACAGACUGGAUAAAGAAAGCACGGCCCGUCAAGGAUGGGAUCGUGCCCUCGCUCACCUACCAGGUGUUCUUCAUGAAGAAGCUGUGGACCACCACGGUGCCGGGGAAGGACCCCAUGGCGGACUCCAUCUUCCACUAUUACCAGGAGUUGCCCAAGUAUCUCCGCGGCUACCACAAGUGCACUCGGGAGGAGGUGCUGCAGCUGGGAGCGCUCAUCUACAGGGUCAAGUUCGAAGAAGACAAGUCCUACUUCCCCAGUAUCCCAAAGCUGCUGCGGGAGCUGGUGCCCCAGGACCUCAUCCGGCAGGUCUCACCUGACGACUGGAAGCGGUCCAUCGUCGCCUACUUCAACAAGCACGCGGGGAAGUCCAAGGAGGAGGCCAAGCUGGCCUUCCUGAAGGUCAUCUUCAAGUGGCCCACCUUCGGCUCAGCCUUCUUCGAGGUGAAGCAAACUACGGAGCCAAACUUCCCGGAGAUCCUCUUAAUUGCCAUCAACAAGUAUGGGGUCAGCCUCAUCGAUCCCAGGACCAAGGACAUCUUGACCACACACCCCUUCACCAAGAUCUCCAACUGGAGCAGCGGCAACACCUACUUCCACAUCACCAUUGGGAACCUGGUGCGCGGGAGCAAGCUGCUCUGCGAGACGUCACUGGGCUACAAGAUGGAUGACCUCCUGACUUCCUAUAUCAGCCAGAUGCUCACGGCCAUGAGCAAACAGCGGGGCUCCAGGAGUGGCAAGUGAACAGUGUGGAGGUGGCACUGGCUCUGUGCCUGCGCCUCAGGUGGCAGCUGGGGGAAGACCUUUGCCAUCGGGCAGGGAAGCUGGGCUGGCCAGCCACCAGUGACAGCACCAGCUUGGACUCCGGUCCUCCUUCCAGGGAGGUGGCCUUGCUGGGGUGCAGAGCACCCUUCCACCACCCCUGACGCCCGCAGGUAGGAUUUGGUCCUGGCUGUGGCCUUCCCUUUAAGAGCCUGUGCUCCGUGCAGGCUUCUCUCAUCCCAGACCAGCCCGGCCAUGUGACCUCCUUUGGCUUUGUGUACCGCUGGGACCGGGAAUCAAGAGGACACCCUCGUUCAUCCUGGGAGCAGCCAGACCAAACCAACUGAAUCAAGAACAUUCUGACACCUAAGGACUGGACUGGUUGAAGUCCCGUAAGUCCAGGACCCUCAGCUGGGGUGGAGGAGGCGGACCACUUUUCUAUAUUGCAGUGUGAGUGCUGAGCCCCUGCUUUCCUAACCAACUCAGGUCAUAAAGCUCGUGUUCCACCUUCUGGCCCGAGAGUGUCUCUUGAGGGAAGGGAAGGAGGGAAAGAGUCUGGGGACAGGGCCCUGUUGGCUGGUACCUCUCUCCUUGGUCUCUGUGUACAGGGCCACGCUGGUCUGGGCUUGGGGAUAGAGGUGUCUGUGUCCAAGAUGUGCUUGAAAGAGACUUAAAGGGACUGGCUGAGACCAGGGCAGAGAGCAGAGAAAUGCUGGGCCUCAGCCUGGGAGGUGAGGACCUAAGUGUGGGCAGAAGGUCAAGGGGGGACUGGCUUCUGAGCCUUCACCAGGGCCAGUGGAGCCAGAGUGGCCCGGAAUCCUGCCAGAUAUAUCUCCUUGGUUCAUUAAGAAAUCACUGAGAACCCCAAGAACAAUGUCUUUUUGGGUUAAAUCCCUAUACCCAGUGGGUGCCUGUAAAAUGCUACUUUGUCACCAGGAUGGACCAACCAAGUUUGGCCAUGACCUGGGCAAGUCUGGGGCUGAGGGCUCAGGCAGGGACGGUGUGAUUUGGGGCUGUGCCCGGGCUGAAUGCCUAGAGAGGUAAUAGGGGAGAAUCCCCUCGCAGUGGGUGUUUGUGAUCUGCCUCAGGGUCCCCCUGAAACUUCAGCAGAGCCAAGUCCUGCUUGCCCUCACACACCCAGCUGUUUAGGGUCUAGGUGCCCAACUGACCCACAGGGAGUACUAUUCCUGUUCUCCGCAGCAGCCUGUGGGAGAGGAAGGGGUGGCUGUGGAAACAGGCCCCAAAUCAUAGCCCUGCCUUCUGGGACGGCCAUGUGGCUGCCCUGGUGUCCAGGGGGAAGGGAGCUGCCCGGUCUGCCCCUACACCGCCGUCGUAUAGAUGGGGAUACUGAGGCCCAGAGCAGCGUGAAUAGGUGAUGGAACUCAGUUCACUGCUUCUAACAUUGGGAUCCCAGACAGAAGGCGCUCCCUGCUUGUUCUAAGUUGUAGUUUCCCUUCAAGGACAAAGGCCAUUGGAUGCGGAUGGAAUUACGCCCAUCUUUCCAUUGGGGAAUCAGCCAAUAGCAGACUAUUAGGAAGCAUCAUCCCACUUCACACUAGGUCACAAAGAGUGCAUGUGGAUAAAAUCUUUGUCCCUAACGUACCCAGGCCACCUUUAAUUUUCUGACUCAGGAUGGCAUCCCUGUUGCACGCAUCCGUCUUUGUCAGCCCGAGCCAUCACAGAAGGGUCCAAAGAAUACAUAAUCCACUUACCUUCUGCAUUCCUGAAAGGUUGCCUUUAUUUACAUGCUGAAGUUCACCACAGCUGCUCCAUUAGCAGGGACUACUAUGGGUUAGGAUGAGAAAAACCCCGCAGCAUCCAGGGAAGAAUGCGCUCCAGCUCCAAGACCACAACAGUUGUUUUCCCUCUUGCCUAAACCCUGGAGCUGCAUCCUUUAUAGCAGCUUCAUGGAGCUUCCAGUGCUCUCCACACUCCUUUCCUGACCACUCCCCAGCAUCACCACCCUUAGGCACAGAGGAGGAGGACUAGAAGGGGGCAAGAUGUGGCUAAUUCUUUGAAGAGAGCCAGAGGGGGACAUGUUGGAUGUGGUGGAAAAUGUUGCAGAACCGAUUCUUGGGAGUAUUGAAUUGUGGGAGUCUCUUUGGGUUGUGUUUCAGGGUAAGGAACAUCUAUGGAGGAAACUGCUGGUUCCUUUGCCUGGCACUGCAGUUUGGAGGGUGGCCUCUCUGUUGGCCUCCUAGGUAGUGCUGGGGUGGAUUCAAAAGCCGCCUCGGUGGGCACCAGUUGUCUAAGGCCAUCUGUAGCAGGUGUGGUUGCUUCCUGGACUGACUAUGGUUCAAUGUCUUUUAUCUUAAACCUCAGGAGGGGCUGCUGGAGGCUCAGGGUUUUCCCCAACUUGGGAAGGUGGCGGCAUGGUUACAACAAAAUCUUCUAUUUUCUCACUUGGUCUCCUUUCCAAUCUCCUACUUCCAGUAUCUGUGGGAUAGAAAAGACAACACACAGAGCUCUCAAAUGUCACUUCUCCAAUCCUUGUAGGUCAUGUAGUGAAAUCCUUGUUAUAUUUAAAAUGUUAGUCUCUCACUUACCAUCUCAGGUUCUUUCCCCCAAGUUCUCCCUAUCCCAGACUUUGUGCAAACUUUAUCAUGCUCAUUCAAUUCAGCAUGCCGCUGGAACUGAAGAGUGUAUUGUGUGAGGUCCCCGCUCCCUAGGGAAGCCCUCAGAAGACAGAAAGUAACAUUCUCUUAAAGUUCAUGCACUUCACAAUCAUUGCUUUAAAAAAUGAACACAAGAAAAAAAGAUAAUGAACACUCCUCUAUUAG